GAGCUGUAGCACUGAAGAAUCUUGAAAUAAAAGAAAAUGCACUGAGUCAGUUGGACGUGCCAUUUAAAGUUAAAGCAGGACAUAUUGGUCAACUUAACCUACAGAUUCCGUGGCAGAACCUUUAUACUCAGCCUGUUGAAGCAGUUCUUGAUGGCGUUUAUUUGCUUAUUGUGCCUACAGCCAGCAUAAAAUAUGAUGCUGAAAAAGAAGCCAGGCAGCUCUUGGAAGCAAGGCAAAGGGAGUUGCAAAGGAUAGAGGAAGCAAAGCAGAAAAUAGCUGACCAAGAUAAAGUAAAAGAAGAGAAACAAGACACUUUUGUAGAAAAAUUAGUCACUCAGGUCAUUAAAAAUCUUCAGGUGAAAAUCUCCAACAUCCAUAUUCGCUAUGAAGACGACAUCACAAAUAAGAAUAACCCCUUAUCAUUUGGGAUCUCACUUCAGAAUCUAAGUUUGCAGACCUCUGAUAAGAAUUGGAAUCCAUGUUUACAUGAUGAAACUGCCAAGUUGUUUUAUAAGCUAGUACGGUUGGAUAACCUUUUUGCUUACUGGAAUGUGAAAUCGGAGAUGUUCUACCAUGGUGGUUGUGAGGAAUCGUUGGUUAACUUAAAACAGGGAGUUGCCAGCCACAAUGUGAUUCCAGAAGGUUAUGAUUUUGUAUUCCGCCCAAUUUCAGCUAAAGCCAAACUCCUUAUGAAUCCUCGAUCUGAUGUUGACUUUUCAUCACCAAAAAUGGAUUUAGAUGUAAAUUUACAGGACAUAACUGUUGAAUUCAAUAAGCCACAGUACUUCAGUGUUAUGGAGCUUCUUGAGUCUAUUGAUAUGAUGACUCGAAACCUGCCGUACAGGAAGUACAGACCUGAUGUUCCAUUGCACAACAAUGCUAAGAUAUGGUGGAAGUAUGUUAUUUAUGGCAUCCUUGAAGUAAAUGUUCAGCCUAAGCUCCAAAUGUGGUCAUGGGAACAUAUUUGGCACCAUAGGAAACAAGUGAAGAACUAUAAAGAGAUGUAUAAAACAAAGAUAACAUCAAAAAAACCUAAUGAAGAAAUCUUAAAAGUGUUAGAGGAAUUUGAAAAGGCCUUGGAUAUUUUUAACAUCACGCUAGCAAGGCAACAAGCAGAAGUUGAGGCAACUAAGGCUGGAUUAAAAAUCUACAGGCCAGGAGUAAAGCAAGAUGAUGAAAAUUCUGGUGGUUGGUUUAGUUGGAUAUGGAGCUGGUCAGGUGAAAAAAAGGAUGAACAAAAACAAGAAGUUAAGGGUUCAAGUCUUGAAGAGCUGAUGACACGUGAAGAGAAGGCUAAACUUUAUGCAGCAAUUGGAUAUAGUGAAACAGCUGUGGAUCCAACUCUUCCAAAAUCAUAUGAAGCCAUGAAGUUCUCUGUGAAGUUAUUAAGCAUGUCUAUAUCAAUAAGAGAAACGAAGCAAACUCCUGGGCUGGUAGAAUUUGCAUUAACUGGCUUGAGUACGGUAUUUACCCAACGACCAGGUGCACAAGCAAUAAGGUGA